ACAUACCCCAAGCGGCAAGAGUGGCCCCGCCAAGCUCCUUCCCUGCCCGGGAACUGCGCUCAGCGCCUCAGCAUCAAGGCGGCACAGCUUCGAACUGUGUCUAUAUGGAAGAAAGCAGCAGUGUUGCCAUGUUGGUGCCAGAUAUUGGAGAACAGGAAGCUAUAUUGACUGCUGAAACGGUCAUCAGUUCAUCAUUGGAAAUUGAUGAACAAAGAAAAGUUAAAACAGAUCCAUUGAUCCAUGUAAUCCAGAAGUUAAGCAAGAUAGUAGAACAUGAAAAGUCACAAAAAUGUCUUUUAAUUGGGAAAAAGCGCUCACGUUCAAGUGCUACAGCGCACUCUCUUGAAGCCCAGGAACUUUGUGAGAUUCCAGCUAAAGUAACCCAGUCACCUGCUGCCGAGAUUAGAAGGGCUGAGAUGUCACAGAUACAUUUUACCCCUGGCUCUCUUGCCCAGAAUGAUGGGAAGGCUAUGUCCUACCAGUGUAGCCUUUGCAAGUUUCUGUCAUCAUCAUUCUCUGUGUUAAAAGAUCAUAUCAAGCAGCAUGGUCAGCAGAAUGAAGUGAUAUUAAUGUGCUCAGAGUGCCAUAUUACAUCUAAAAGCCAAGAGGAACUUGAAGCUCAUGUGGUAAAUGACCACGAAAACGAUGCCAACGGUCGCACUCAGUCCAAAGCCCAACAUUGUGUAAGCCCCUCCAACUCUCAGAGACCCACAGAAAGAAAGAAUGAAACCACUUCUGAUAACGCCUUGAGUGCGGACAAUCCGCAAACUCAUACUGCCCAAAAUGCAUCCGUGAAGGAGAUGGGUAAGAGGAAAUGGUACGCAUAUGAACAGUAUGGCAUGUACCGAUGCUUAUUUUGUAGUUAUACCUGUGGCCAGCAGAGAAUGUUGAAAACACAUGCUUGGAAGCAUGCUGGGGAGGUUGAUUGCUCCUAUCCAAUCUUUGAAAAUGAAAACGAGCCCCUAGGCUUGCUGGACUCCUCAGUGGCUGCUGACCCUGGUGGGCUAGAUGCAGUAGUCAUUGCUAUUGGAGACAAUGAACUGAGUAUCCACAAUGGGCCUUCAGUACAAGUGCAGAUUUGCAGCUCAGAAACAUUAUCCUCUUCGUCUCCUUUAGAACAGAGUGCAGAAGGAGGAGUUCAUCUUGGUCAGUCAGUUACUCUUGACCCUAACGAGGAAGAAAUGCUAGAGGUGAUUUCUGAUGUGGAGGAGAAUCUGAUUGCUGAUAGUCUACUUUCAUCUGCACAGAAGAUCAUUAGUAGCAGCCCAAAUAAAAAAGGUCAUGUUAAUGUGAUCGUGGAGCGUCUGCCAAGUGCUGAAGAAACUCUUUCACAGAAACAUUUCCUCAUGAAUGCUGAAAUCGAAGAGGGAAAAAACCUGAGCCCGACAGAAUCCCAGAUUGGGUGUGAAGGAAGAGAUGAAGUUUAUCGUGCUGAUAAAUGUACUGUUGAUAUCGGGGGGCUGAUCAUAGGCUGGAGUAGCCCAGAGAAGAAAGACAGUGAGUUAAUAAACAAAGGACUGGCUGCUGAUGAGAAUGCCCCACCAGGCCGAAGAAGAACAAAUUCUGAGUCUCUCAGACUACACUCAUUAGCUGCAGAAGCCCUCGUGACGAUGCCUAUAAGAGCUGCAGAACUGACAAGGGCCAACCUCGGGCACUACGGGAAUAUAAACCUUUUAGAUCCAGACACCGGACAAAGGCAAGUAGAUAGUACAUUGGCAGCAUAUUCUAAAAUGAUGUCACCACUCAAAAACUCUGCAGAUGGAUUAACUACUUUUAACCAAAGCAACUCUACGUUGGUAGCACUCCCAGAGGGUAGGCAGGAAUUGUCAGAUGGGCAAGUUAAGACAGGCAUCAGCAUGUCCUUACUGACUGUCAUUGAAAAGCUGAGGGAAAGGACAGACCAAAAUGCUUCAGAUGAUGACAUUUUGAAAGAGUUGCAGGACAAUGCCCAGUGCCAACCCAACAGCGACACGAGCUUGUCGGGAAGCAGUGUGGUGGAAUACAUCCCCAAUGCCGAUCGGCCCUACCGUUGCCGCCUUUGUCAUUACGCCAGUGGAAACAAGGGCUACAUCAAGCAGCACUUGAGAGUCCAUCGGCAGAGACAGCCAUAUCAGUGUCCCAUCUGUGAGCACAUAGCUGACAACAGCAAAGAUCUGGAGAACCACAUGAUCAACCACUGUAAAGCAAGAAUAUACCAGUGCAAGCGGUGUGAAGAAUCUUUUCAUUAUAAGAGUCAACUGAGGAACCAUGAGAGAGAGCAACAUAGUCUUCCAGAUACCUUGUCAGUAGCAAGUUCUAAUGAGUCGAGAAUUGCCGGUGAUACAGCUGAUGGAAAAUGUGUUCAAGAAGGGACUAAGUCUUCAGUCCAGAAACAGUAUAGAUGUGAUGUGUGCGAUUAUACAAGUACAACAUACGUCGGUGUUAGAAACCACAGACGAAUCCAUAACUCUGACAAGCCAUACAGAUGCUCUCUGUGUGGGUACGUGUGCAGCCAUCCUCCUUCUUUGAAGUCUCACAUGUGGAAGCAUGCAAGUGACCAAAAUUACAACUACGAACAAGUAAACAAGGCUAUCAAUGAUGCCAUUUCACAGAGUGGCAGGGUUCUGGGGAGAUCCCCUGCAAAGAUGCUCUUAAACAGCAGUGAGGAAAGAGCCGAUCCUGUCACUGGAAGUUCGGGAAAUUUGGUAUCAUCCUCAGAGCUGAUUUCCCAGGCUCCUGGUGAAGUUGCAGGUUCCAACGACAAUGAGAAACUGAGCCCUACAAGUAAUACCUCAUAUAGUUUAGAAAAAAACUCCAGUCUGGCGCCUCCUGGCAUGGAGUAUUGUGUUUUACUCUUCUGUUGUUGUAUUUGUGGCUUCGAAUCUACCAGCAAAGAAAAUCUCUUGGAUCAUAUGAAAGAGCAUGAGGGUGAGAUCGUAAACAUCAUCCUCAAUAAGGACCACAACACCACUUUGAACACAAAUUAGAUUGAAUAACUACUUGAAGAGGAACACGGUAGAAGAGAAAUCCUUUAAACCACGGUUUCACCUUUGUGCUAUCAAGUAACUUACUAGACACAGGAGAAAUAGUUGGUGUGGUGUUUGGGUUUUGGUUUUUGGUGGGGUUUUUUUUUGAGGAAG